AUGGCGCAGGCCGCUGCGCCCGCGCAGACAGGCGGCGCCCAGGGGCCCGAGCAGGGCACCACCAGGAUGCCGUCCGCGCUCCUCCGGUCGGACAGCAUCCCAGGGGCGGUGCCGCUGCCGCCGGGCAACCCUCAGAGGUGCAUAACGCUGCCGCAUAGCAGCUCUUCCCAGGGCAAGCUCGACAAGAUGGACCAGGUGCUGCCUGGGCAAGCCGUGGAGCAGCUGGGGAGCAUCCAGGAGGCCCCCGGCAUGCGGCGGCUCUCCGCGCUCGCGCGGGCGUCGGGCGUCGGGGGGGCGCUGACGCGGGCGCUGUCGACCAGGGGCGUGAAGGAGGCCGCGCGCCGGGCCUUCACCAACCAGGGCUCGGCUGGGAGCCGGCCCACGGAGCGGAGCCUCGCGGGCCUGCUGGGCGUCGUGGAGGACGCGCCUCGCAGGAAGUCCUGCAGGCUCUCGAAGGACACCGACGGCACCGCCGAGUCCGAGGGCGAGGAUGGGCAGGAGCACCUCGACGUCUACCCGGAGGCCAACUACACCAUCUUCACCAAGGAGGGCGAGCCGUCUGCCUCGCUGCCCAUGAUCGGCUUCCUCUCGCCCUUCGCCGUCUGGUGGGACCGCCUCCGCAUCCUGGUGGCCCUGUGGACGCUCGCCUACACGCCCGUGGCCCUCGCGUUCCGGGGCAGGUACGAGGACGUCGUUGGCCACCCGGUCGCGAUCACCGUCGAGCUGCUGUUCGACGCCCUGUUCCUCGUUGGGGUGCUGCUCGGCUUCGCGACCACGGUGGGGAACGCGUCCGCUGGCCGCGAGUUCGUGUCGCCGCCCGAGAUCUGGAGGCGGCGGCUGUGCUCCGCCGGCUUCUGGUGCGACGCCCUUUCCUGCGUGCCGCUGGUGGUCGGGGCCGGCGGCGGCGAGCUGCCGCUGCCGGCCUCAGAGCCGCUCAGGCCCGAGGCUUGCCUGCUGGAGGCGCGCGUGCUCCAAAGGGGGCUCUGCUCGUCGGAGGGCGCGUCGCGCGAGGAGGGCGGCUCCUCUGCCCUCCAGCGCUGGCUCCACGGAUGGAAGCAUCGCAUCCUCGGAUGCCUGCGGGGGCUCGGGGAUGGCCUCGGGAAGCUGGGGACCGAGCUGCCCAGCGCGGUCUGCAUCAUCGAAGACAGGUUCUUUUGGGUCGGCCUGGAGAGCGAGUCGCAGGAGGCGCUCCUGCGGGCGGUCCCUCGGGAGGAGGCGGUCUUCUUCUGCACCGACGACCACCUCGUCUACCACCCGCUUCUUGCCGACUUUGGCCCGCUGAACUUGUCGGCGAUCCACGUGUACGCCAGGAUGGUGCAGGCCAAGCUCGACGACCCCGCCUUGGCCGGGAGGUGCCUCGUCCACUACUGCUCCCCGGACCCCCACAAGCGGACGAACGCAGCCUGGCUAGCGAGCGCGUACCAGGUGAUGGUCUUGGGCAGGUCCCCGGAGGUCGCGUAUGGGCAUUUCAAAGAGCUUGGUUUAGAGUUCGCGCCGUACCGCGACGCCCUCCGUGGCCCGUGCUCCUACGACUGCACCUUGCUGGACUGCCUGAGUGGCCUCAAGGCUGCCAUCGACCUCGGGUGGUUCGACUGGAGGCGCUUCAACAGGCACUCCUACGACUACUUCGCAGACUGCCAGAACGGCGACAUGAACUGGAUCAUCCCCGGCAAGUUCCUGGCAUUUGCUUCUCCCUCUGCAAGUUCGGUCGACGCAGACGGGUAUCCAACGCUCACCCCUGAAGAUUAUGCACCAAUGUUUCACGAGGCCAGCAUCAGCUUGGUUGUUCGAUUGAACAAGAAGCAGUACGACCCGAAGCCCUUCGUCAAUCAGGGUAUCAAGCAUGUGGAUCUCUUCUUCCCGGACGGCACCUGCCCCUCGCCAGAAAUCGUCAGCAAAUUCCUUCGCAUCGUGGAGAGCGAGGCGGGUGCCGUCGCGGUGCACUGCAAGGCUGGUCUGGGCAGAACCGGCACGCUCAUCGGGCUCUAUGCGAUGAAGCACUUCCAGUUCCCAGCAAGAGCCUUCAUCGGCUGGAUCAGGACGUGCAGGCCGGGCAGCGUGCUGGGCCCCCAGCAGCAGUUCCUGCUCGACAUGGAGCACGACAUGUUCCAGGCUGGUGCGGCCGCACGGCGACCCCUGCCGCCGCCGGCACCUGCAGCGGACGAGGAAGAGGACCUGGUGCAACGGCUCCAGUGCACGAAGCUCCGGAGCUGCAGCGCUGAGGACGUGGGGCAGGGCGAGUGGCUGCUGAGUGCGAAGCGCCGCUCCCAGGCCCACGCCAUGCCGGUCGUGGCGUGCGACGUCUGA